AGAGAGAGUGGAAUUUGAGUCAGAGAAAACGAGAGAUUUCUAGAGAGAGAAAGGAGAGAUGUCUGGCUGGGACGAAGGAGCAGUAUACUACAGCGACCAAGCUCAGUUUCCUCACGGCGGCGGAGCCACCGGAGACGCCGAAAAUGGAGGGACGAGCCGCCACGUCGUACUCCGGAAGUUCAAGGAGUUCAUCAGGAACUUCCCUGAUAAAUCUCAGCCGAAUGUGUUUCCUUACAGAGAAGCUCUUCUCGAGAACCAAAAUUACCUCAUUAUUAACCUUUCUGAUCUCCUUUCCUAUGAACGGGACCAAACCCUACCUGAACUCCUUCGACAGAACCCUGCUGAUUACCUUCCUUUGUUUGAAACUGCAGCAGCUGAGGUUCUUGCUAGUUUGAAAUCAAGGGUAGCUAGUGAAAGUGGAGAAAUGGAGGAGCCGGAGAUUGGUGAAGUACAAAUACUCUUGAGGUCAGAGCAGGAUUCAAUGUCAAUGCGUUCCCUUGGGGCACAAUGUAUAUCAAAGCUGGUCAAGGUAUCUGGGAUUGUUAUUGCUGCAUCAAAGACUAAAGCGAAGGCAACUUAUGUGACCUUGCUAUGUAAGAACUGCAAAAAUGUGAAGAUCGUCCCAUGUCGUCCAGGGCUUGGAGGAGCUAUUGUACCACGUUCUUGUGAUCAUGUUCCUCAGGUGGGGGAGGACCCAUGUCCUAUUGAUCCAUGGGUAGUGGUUCCAGAUAAAAGCAAGUAUGUUGACCAGCAGACACUCAAGUUGCAGGAAAACCCUGAGGAUGUUCCUACUGGAGAGCUGCCAAGAAAUAUGCUUCUAUCAAUAGAUCGUCAUCUUGUUCAAACUAUAGUGCCUGGUACAAGGCUUACGAUAAUGGGGAUCUACAGUAUUUUUCAAGCGUCGAAUUCAUCAACAUCUCACAAAGGAGCUGUUGCUGUUAGGCAGCCUUAUGUUAGAGUUGUUGGAUUGGAAGAAACAAAUGAGGCCAAUUCUCGAGGGCCAGCCAACUUCACAGUAGAUGAGAAAGAAGAAUUCCUGAAAUUUGCAUCCGAUAGUAAUGCUUAUGACAAGAUAUGCUCAAUGGUUGCUCCCUCAAUAUUUGGGCAUGUUGAUGUCAAGAAAGCUGUCACAUGCCUUUUAUUUGGAGGGUCAAGGAAGUUCUUGCCUGAUGGUGUAAGAUUAAGAGGUGAUAUCAACGUAUUGCUCUUGGGGGAUCCCUCAACUGCUAAAUCACAGUUUCUAAAAUUUGUGGAAAAGACGGCCCCAGUAGCCGUAUACACAUCCGGUAAGGGAUCUUCAGCUGCUGGUCUCACAGCUUCUGUCAUUAGGGAUAAUAGCUCUCGUGAGUUUUACCUAGAAGGUGGAGCCAUGGUCUUGGCAGAUGGAGGAGUUGUCUGCAUUGAUGAGUUUGAUAAAAUGAGGCCAGAAGAUAGAGUGGCUAUUCACGAAGCAAUGGAGCAGCAAACGAUUUCCAUUGCGAAGGCUGGAAUUACAACAGUCCUUAAUUCAAGAACCUCGGUGCUUGCUGCAGCUAAUCCUCCAUCUGGACGCUAUGAUGAUCUCAAGACUGCACAAGAUAACAUUGACUUGCAGACAACAAUUCUUUCAAGAUUCGAUUUGAUUUUCAUUGUGAAAGACAUCAGGAAGUACGAUCAGGACAAGCGUAUUGCUAACCAUAUUGUCAGGGUCCAUGCAUCUGCUGAAGCAUCUAGGGAUGACACUAGAACUUCUAAGGAGUAUAAUUGGCUGAAAAGAUAUAUACAAUAUUGUAAGACCAAUUGCCAUCCGCGACUAUCAGAUUCUGCUGCCUCAAUGUUACAAGAAAGUUAUGUCAAAAUUAGGCAGGAUAUGAGGCGACAGUCAAAUGAAACUGGGGAGGCAGCAGCAAUACCAAUUACUGUGCGGCAACUAGAGGCCAUAGUGAGGUUGAGUGAAGCUCUCGCAAGAAUGAGACUCUCCCAAGUUGCAAAUGAAGAUCACGUUUCAGAAGCAAUUAGGCUCUUCAACACUUCCACAAUGGAUGCAGCACGAUCUGGAAUCAAUCAACACAUAAACCUUACUCCUGAGAUGGCAAAUGAGAUAAAGCAAGCUGAAACCCAAAUUAAGAGAAGAAUGGGUAUUGGUAGCCAUAUAUCAGAGAGACGGUUAGUUGAUGAACUGACCAGGAUGGGCAUGAAUGAAUCAAUUGUAAGAAGAGCACUGAUAAUUAUGCAUCAAAGGGAUGAAGUGGAGUACAAACGAGAACGGAGAGUCAUUGUUCGGAAAGCCUAAAGAUUUGAUGUCACAAGUACAGUAUCCCCCAGCCAACUGAUCACAUAAUUUGAUGCCCUUAGGAAAUCAGGCAGAAAUAUUUAAAUUGUGGAUUUAGAUACUGCUUCUCAACACCUCUAUACAUUAGUCUGUACUGAUUAGUGAACUGCAAGUGUAAAAGGUGUAGGAAUGCACAUCCACUCUUGGUCGAAUGGUUGGAGUUAUUUUGAGCAAUCUAAUGUAUUUUAUUUGUGACUGCACCAGAAUGCUGAUGCGUUGUAAACUUUUUCUGCAAUUUCAGCAGGAUAUGUAGAAUUGGUUUUUUAAUGUAAUUUUGAUUUAAACUAA